GUAACUACAAUUUACCAGUUGUACUUGUUCGAGUUAAACAAUCAACAAGUCAAGCAGUCAGCAAAAGGGCCACCAUGAAAGUUUUGUUGUGUUUUGCAUUAUUGUGUGCUGUUGUCGUUUUAGCCAAACCAACAGAAGACACUCAAAAUGGCCUUAAGAAAAAACUUGAUGAACAUAGUCCACCACUAUCACUCAAAAUCGAAAAUGAAUCAGCUUCUGAUCAUGCACUUCGAGUAGAACGCAGUGAACAAAAACUAACGUCUGUAAAAUCAACUAUUGAUGGAGAAACACCAAAAACUAUGUCAAACGGAUUAAACACAAAUCUAUUAGAGAACGAAAAAUCGAGACACUCAAUACUCACCUCAUUUGGACCAAAACCACAAGUGUACCCUUCUGCUAGUAUUAUUAGUUCAUCAUAUUCAGCACCAUCUAUACCUUAUGUACAAUCAUUAGUUUCAUAUCCAUCAUCUGCAAUAGUAUCUAAUGGAGCCGUAUCAUCUAAUGGAUUACUACAUACGACAUACGGUUUAGGAUCACCUCUUGCAUCAGGACCAAUUAUUGCAUCUGGAUCAUCUUAUGGUUCAUCUUUUCCAGCUCCAGUUAUCCCCACAACAUUAGCUAAUCAUGUUCCACAUCACGGUGGUCUUAACAUUGCUCAACAAAUUAUCCAUAAACCUGUCAUAACUGAACUACAAGAAGUUAUACAUAAACCAGUAAUCACAGAGGUGGAAGAAAUCAUUAAUAAGCCAGUUGUACAAGAAGUUCAACAAGUUAUCCACAAACCACUUUACACUGAGCAUAUUGGUCUUAGUCCAUCCUACCACGGAUAUCAACAGCACAUCCACAAACAUCCUGUAUACCAACAAUCAGUACAACCAACAGUUCACCAUCCAAUAGCUCACGGCAACACUAUUCAUUUGGCUGACCAAUAUGAACAUGCUGUUACUACUACAACUACUACUGAAUAUUGCGCACCUGGCACUCUUGGUUGGACAUCAAACUCUGGAUACAACUUGGGAUUAGAUUAUGGUUCUGGUUUUGUUUCUGGAUAUGGAGCUGGUAUUCCUUAUGCACCAAUCUCAGGAGCUUUAUCCAACGUUGCAUCAUAUUCUUUACCAGCAGCAGCUUCAGUUGGCUACACUCAAUUUUCUCCAUUGUCUUACGGUUAUUCUACUCCAGCUUCUGUAGGCUAUUCUACAUCAGCUCCCGCUUCAAUUGGGUACACUCAUGUUUCUCCAUUGUCUUAUAGUUAUUCUUCUCCAGCCUCAAUAAGUUACGCUGCUCCAGCUUCUGUAGCUUACACAUCAUUGCCUGCCAUUACAAGCCCAUCUUAUGCAGUAAGUUCUGUAAAUUACUUGAAACCUACAUCUACUUGUAGAACCGGAAAUGAAGAAGGAUGUAAAAAUAUUGAAGAAAAGUCAUCAGAAGACAAUGUUAAAGGAAAAUCUGACGAUGAAAUUACAUUUGAUACUAUCCAGCCUUAUCAACAACAACCAAAUGAAAGCCAACUGUUAAAUAGAAAUAGUGAAGACACUAAGAUAGAUCUUGACGCUCUUUCUAAGAAUAUACAAAACAAUGAAGGUAUGAUGAAGAAAUUUAGAAAACUCUUAGCCGAAAAUAAUAUGUCUGAUUCUCAGACCGAUAAAAAACAAGAUAAACAAAUUCAAAUGGUGGCUCCUUCGGUAUCUGACUGAUUUUAAUAAAAAAAUAUAUAUAUAAUAGUCUACUAAUACUUCAAAUUUAAAUAUUUUAAUAAAUUGACUGCUUAAUAUUUAAA